GACACGUACUACACUAACAGUCUGAGCCCAAGCACGGCAUAUCAGCUGUACCGAAGAGAGGAGCGCUGACCUAAUUUGCGGAGCAGGGGACGGCAGCAGACGAGGCUACGCACCGCAACGGCCAGCUGAAGUGAAAGUCUACCAUUUUCUGUUUCUGACGCUGCCUGAAAGAGCAAUAAAAACUUCAUUUUCCUCCCCUGUGGCAGCCGGAGGAAGCUGUGUGUGGGACAGAGAAAAGCUUCAUCAGCCUGUCUGCGGAGAAGCCGACGCAGAGCUGACUGCUCCUGCUGAGAGAAGAAGACGAGGAAGAAACAAGUCAAAGGGAGAGAAUUUGCCAGAUGUAAGAAGAGGAGAGAGGGGGUGGCGGUGGCGGUCACAGAGAUCAUUGUUCUGCAACAAGCCCCUCACGGGAGAGCGGGCUAUUGAAAAAUCAGUAAUGACUGAGCUGUCAUCGGCCCAGGUGACCGUGUGCACCUGAGCGUUACUGCUGCAGCACACUGAAAGUCACCACGAGCCUCUGGGCAGGUGCUGCAUGGUUUUUAAAAAAAUCCACGCUGUUCUGGCUGCAGGAUCUUAACUGAAUCCUGCGCAUUUUCCGGACUGGAUCACUUUUACCUGGAGCCCCCCCCUUCCCUUUGGCCGGUCACCUGGGAGAGAAAAAUAAGCCCGGGCAGGAUAAGGAGCAGUUUGUGGCUUUUUUGGACUGACUGAGCCACUGGUUAUAGCAAAGAAGGAGAGCAUCCAUGUGCAGGAAUGCAGCUUUGCAUAUGGAGGCAGACCAGUGAUACAGCCUAGUGUUGAGGCAGCUGAGCCCGUGAAGGCCUCUGAGGCGGCCAUGUUGGAUCUCUUCGUCAGAGUGCUGGUGUCGUCCCGUCUUCACCUGUCACCUCACAGCACCUUGCUGCCAACCUAAGUCCUCGCUACUCUCUUCCUGAACCUCUUUCUUCCACUGCUGGGCCGGGAGAAAGGUCCUUGUGGAAAAUGUCCUAUGCACACCACAAGCCACUCACCUGGUGCUUACCUCACCUCCUCCUCCUACCGCUGACCUACCUCUGGCUCUUGGCUCUAACCACAGGUGCGUCAGCAAAUCUCUGCCGGGUCACCGGUGGAGUUCUGGGGAUCCACUGGAGCAGUGUCAUCAGCCUGGGUUGGUACCCUCUGGCGGAUGGGAGAGCUGGAGCAACGUGUUGGGAGUCCUGCUGCCUGGAGCCGAACUGCAAUGCUGUUUGGAGCCUCGGCGGGCGCUGUGUGCUGCUUAGCUGCUCGCGCGAAGGAGGCUGCGCCAUCUCCAUCCUGCCUCAGCCUCACGAGGAGUCCCUCGGUCUCCUUCAGCUGCUCUCCAAGGUCCCUGUCAGUGUGAAGCGUCGAGAGAUUCGCCGUGCACUGCAAACAGGAAGCCAGAGAAGGCACACAGGACACCAUAUCAGCACGGUAAGCUCCGACCAGGAUCCAGCUCAGCCAACAGCAGCACCUGGCAACAACUCUCUCCUCCAAAUCACCCAAAAGAACAUCAGCCAGAUCACCAACGGGAGCUCAGACGCGGCUCCUGCUCCAAAGCCGCAGAACUCAACAGUCGACGGCACCGUCGAUGCUACCGCGUCUUCCAAUGGCAGCGAUGUCAGCACGCCCACAGCAGCUUCAGCAGUUAUCAACACCACCCCGACACAGGCCGUGAGGGAGCUGGUGGUGUCGGCAGGAGAGAGUGUGGAGGUAACGCUGCCCCGCAGUGAGGUUGAACUCAACGCCUAUGUGGUCCCAACGCCCCCGCAAGGGACAAACUAUGCAUUUGACUGGCGUCUGAUAACUCAUCCCAAAGAUUACAGCGGGGAGAUGGAGGGGAAGCACAGCAAGACACUGAAACUCAGCAAGCUGACCGUGGGCCUGUACGAGUUUGAGGUGACUGUGGACGGGGAGGGCGCCCACGGAGAAGGUUACGUUAAUGUUACAGUCAAACCAGAGCCACGGGUAAACAAGCCUCCUGUUGCCGUAGUUUCCCCGAAGUUCCAGGAGAUCUCCUUGCCAACCAGCUCUACGGUGAUCGACGGCAGCCAGAGCACUGAUGAUGAUAAAGUGGUGGCGUGGCACUGGGAAGAGGUCAAAGGUCCUCUAAGGGAAGAGAAGGUCUCUACUGACACCCCUGUACUCACCCUCACCAGCCUUGUGCCUGGGAACUACACAUUUAGUUUGACAGUAACAGACUCAGAUGGAGCCACAGACUCGACACAGGCCACCCUCUCUGUCAACAAAGCCAAGGACUACCGCCCCGUGGCCAACGCCGGCCCAAACCAGGUCAUCCAGUUACCACGUAACCACAUCACUCUGUAUGGGAACCAAAGCACCGACGACCAUGAUUCCCUGUCCUACGAGUGGUCCCUCAGCCCAGAGAGCAAAGACAAAGUGGUGGAGAUGCAGGGUGUGCGGACACCUAUCCUGCAGCUGUCUGCGAUGCAAGAGGGAGACUACACCUUCCAGCUGACCGUGACUGACUCAGCCGGACAGCAGGACACCGCCCAGGUCACAGUCAUUGUGCAGCCAGAAAAUAAUAAACCACCAGUAGCGGAUGCAGGACCGGAGAAAGAGCUGACGCUGCCGAUGGAUCACACUACACUGGAUGGCAGUAAGAGCAGUGAUGACCAGAAGAUAGCCACCUACCACUGGACAAAGACCAGCGGUCCCGAUGGCGUGAAAAUUGAAAAUGCAGACAGCGCCGUUGCCACGGUGACAGGUCUCGAGGUCGGCACAUACGAGUUCACCCUGACAGUAACCGAUGAGAGGAAGCUGGAGAGUCACGACACUGUCAAGGUCAUCGUUAAGGAAGAAAAGGACCAGCUGCCAGUGGCGCGUGUUGUGUCGAGUCCACCCAUCUCUCUGCCUGUCAGAACCGCCACUUUGGAUGGAUCUCAAUCCACCGAUGACAAAGGUGGACUCAGCUACCUGUGGACCAGAGAAGAUGGCAGUCCUGCUGCUGGGGACGUGCUGAACAACUCUGACCACCAGGCAGUGCUGUUUCUGGGAAACCUGGUGGAGGGGAAGUACAGCUUCAUCCUGACGGUGAUUGACAGCAAAGGACAAAGCAACAAGGCCAGGGGCACAGUGGAGGUCAAACCAGACAUGUGGGAACGCGACCUGGUGGAGCUGGUCUUGGAGGUCUCUGUAUCGCAGGUAUCCCAGCGUCAGCGCGACAUGCUGCUGCGACAGGUCGGGGUUUUACUGGGCGUGCUCGACAGCGACAUCAUUGUGCGAGAGAUCAGUGCAUUUAAUGAGCACAGCACUCGUUUGGUCUUCCUGGUGUCAGGCAGUCCGGGGCGCCCUCCACUGUCUGGCCGCAAUGUUGCACUUGGCCUUCGCAACAAACUGUGCAAACAGAAGAAUGACUUCCUCAUCUUCAAGGCCCGCCGAGUGGAUACAGUCAUCUGCCAGCUGAAUUGCUCCGGCCACGGCGAGUGUGACUCAUUCACGCGGCGCUGCGUCUGUCACCCUUUCUGGAUGGAGAAUUUCAUCAGAGCCCAGUUUGGAGACACAGAGAGCAACUGUGAGUGGAGCGUGCUCUAUGUGGUGAUAGCAUCCUUUAUGAUUGUGGUUGCUGCGGCAACACUUGUGUGGGGGAUAGUGUGCUGCUGCAACAGGCGUAAGAACAAAGUGCGCCGAAAUAAAAGCCGAUACAAAAUACUCGAAGCUGACGAGCAGGACUGUUUGGAGCUGCAACUGCCGAGAGCUGCCCGCCUGAAGCCAGUUCCUGCCCCCACCUCCUCUGCCCUCAUGCAUUCAGACUCUGACCUGGACAGCGAUGAAGGGCAGGGCGGAGUCCCGUGGAAGGACCAAGAGCGCGGGCAGCUCCUGCGGCCUCAGAACGGCUCCCUGAGGAACGGCCAGGGGCCGGCGAGGGCCAAGAAGCAAAGAGAGGAGCUCCUAUAGCAAGAGAGGAAGGGGGAGCUCACAGCUGCCCUCACACAGCUCUUCCCCUUCACUCUUCCUCUUUCUCCUUUGUUGUUCUUCAACAUGGAAACCUCGCACCUCUCGUCCACGAAGACAAGACUGUGAGAUACCAUGUGUUGGGGAGACGGAGAGAGGAGGAGAAAUGUGCUGGAACCAUGUUGUCCCACUGUCACAGAAACGACACCACUAGACUGAAGCUUCCCUGCGCCCACACUGAGCCAGUAUGAAGGGAAAAAGAAACUGCCGUUACACUGAGAACCAGGGGUGAGCACUGUGUUUUUGAAUGGUAUCAAAUAUUAAGUUAGACCCCUGAUAUUUAACACAGAGACAUAAAGAAUGUACUGCUGCCCCUCUCCUGCUGCUGGCUUACAAAGGUUGGAGAUUGUGUGAGAGAAAGUAGCCCGAGUGACUUUAUAGAUUAGGGGACAGAAAAAAAAAAAAAAAGCUUCAAUGACACGAAAACCAGCCACCUGACACGCUCACACCUCGCCUCUUGUAGACACGCAUGUACGGACAGGUCGUAUUCACGCCGUUUCAGGUUGAGCCGACGCUACCAAACACUGCCAUUUUUAAAUUAAUGGUUAACUCUUCUCUGAUUGUUUCUGUUCAACCGGGGAGGGGGGGGGUAUCACAACCAAAACUGAGCUGAGCUGGCAACGGCUCAUCGAAACCACCUCAGAAAAUCUUUUAAAUAAUUUAUGUGCAUGAAGAGCGACAGAUUGCAGCUCUGGUACAACCUGAUCCGAUCGGCUGCAUGUUUGUAUGUCAGGUGUAUGUGUGGAUUUCUAUGGCUGCGGUGCCAAAAGAUGUUUCCUCGAAGCAGUUUGUAUGUUUUAUUGGAUUUUUUCUUUUGUUUGUUUGUUUGCUUGCUUUUAUGAACCCACAGAAGAGUGGCAGCGUUUAAGGUUUAAUUCUGAAGGCUUCUCCGUGGAUUAAGUAACCGGAGUACACAACUUUAAUGAGCAUGGUCUCGACGGGGGAGAUAACGAGGAGAAAGACGAAGUACACAGGACGCUGCUCGCUCACUCGCUCGCUCACCUUUUGUUAAUGCAAUGACUGCUUGACCCGUGAAGACUACUUAGUUUUUGUUGCUGUUUUUACAAACAACCUUAUGGCUGUGAUUUAGAUGUCGAUGCACUUUGAUUUUAAUGUCUUCUGUUUCACUUUGUCUCUUUGUUGGUUUAAAAAGGGAGACGUUCUUCUGUGAUGGUGGGAAGUUGAGAGGUUCAGCCAUAAACACAGGACAGCAUUAAAUAUGGAUAGGAGAAAAGUUGCAUUAAAGUUAUCCAGUAGAGAGAUACUAAUCAAAUAUAGGGUUGCAGUGGUAUGAAAAUCUUUGUUUUUUUUUUUCCUUCCAUGGACAUUUAUAUAUUUGUAGCAUGGCGUAAGAGGUGAUGCAACCUUACCUGCACACAACCUGCACCAACUACCAAUACAACACCAUCCUAAAAACUCUGAUCAGCCCAGCCAGCACUACCUCCUAAUGUCAGGACAAAACAGCUGUAUUAGACGUAACCCAGAGAAAUAUGCUAUUAAGAAAGAUUUCUGCAUUUAAUGGUAACAUUGUGAUUAAAAACAAGCACCGUCUCAGCUAUUGGCUGCUACAACAACACACUGAAAAAGUCAGAUGAGAAAAUAAAACGAAAGUGGUAGAAAUACCAAUUUAAGUUCAUUCAGUCGUUUGUCAGUCGUCAUAUUGAGAUAUUAUUAAUGCAUCAUAAAGAGCUGAAGGAUGCUGAGCGCUGGCAGUGGAUAUGGGCAGAUGUCAGUAAUGUAAGCCUCCGUGGUUCAGGCUCUAACUCUCAGCACGCUUCGUAGUAUGUUCACCACCCAGUGACCUGUAUCUGGAGACCAAUUAUCAGCCUUCAAAUUAGUGAGAGGCUGCAGCCAAAAAUGUGUCUCAACCCCAUUAAAGAAUCCAAAGUGGACAUGUGUUAUUGUUACAAGUGUAUAUAAAUACUGUGCAUAGAGGAUUAUGGCUGCCAGCGCCACUGGUAAUGAUGAAAUAAUUAAACAAAACUUCAUACCACUGGAACCCAAAGAAGAGGGUGUGAAAUUUUUUUACUUUUUAUCUUGAGGGAAAUUUUGCAGUUUCUGUAAAAUUACAGCAAACACUUCUGAUCAAUUGGCUUCCAAAGAGGGUGAGGACGCUUGUUUUUAAUGUUCCUUUUUCAAGAUGGAAGAACAGUGAACCCAUCUUUUAAAGAAAACGAAUGUUUAAAUCAAAAAGUCACAUGUCCGUAUAAACUGAAACAGGUUUCGCUGGAUACAAUGUUAUAAAUUUUUCUUAAGUCUGGCCAUAAAGUGAUUUUGUGGAGUUGGAGUCAAACUCCACAGGCCCUGUGCUGUGCAGAAAUAUAAGGCAGUGUUGUUUUGUAGCAAAUGUAAAAGUCAAAAUGUCAGCGUUCAAAUAGGUUUUACUAAACUUCCUUUCAGGAUACGAGUGAGCCGCGCGUCCGAUCGCAGAUGAAACUGCACUAAAUCCCAAAAACAAAUUAUUUCUUCCCACAGACAGGACACGAGCAGGAGGUUAAUCUGGAGGAUGUUUGCGUCCUCUUUGAGCAGAUUACCAGAAAUAAACCACAAACGGCGCUCAGCAGGAAGGCUUUGUUUGUGCAUCGGUAGUAAUCCGAGGUGUUUCUUGGCUGGACUGUACUGAGGGGGAAAACUUUAACGAACAGCUCUCCCGUGUAUCAUCUCACUUUGCAUGCGGAAUGUGAAACUGACCCGUUAGUCCUCAUCUGAAGUCACUUUUUUUGAUUUUUUUUUUUUUUUUUUUGGUCGUUGUUGUUGAAUGUUAGAAGGGUACGUCGUUGAUUCAGUUCAUCCUGUACUCUGUGUGAAAUAAACAAUCAUUUCAAAUUCCUGCAAAAACAAACAAAAAAAAAAAAUCUUUCUUACUGCUAAGUCAUCUCAUUGCACUUUGAGUGCUCAGACUGAGUAGAAAAGCGCUAUAUAAGAACUAGUCCAUUUACCAUUGGAUCUGCUGCACAAAAUGUAUUUUAUUCUCACCUGCUGAAUUUAUCGGGCCAUCGUUUGCGCUCCUGUAGGAGGCAAAUUAAAAUCAAGCGCACCCAAGUGCCAACUCUGUCAAAACACUUUGGAAUAAUUUCAUAUUAUCUUCAUGUUUUUUGGAACAGCAGCCAAAUUGUUCUGAUGUAUUCAUCUUUUUGUUUUGGUUUUUUUUUGGUCUCCCAAAUUUCUUUUUUUACGGCCAUUUUCUUCCUGAUGGAUGACACACAAUUUUUCAUCUCUUCUGUUACAUUCGCCGUUUGUUUGGGAUUUUUAGAUGCAAGUGAACUGACCUCGACUCCCAAGAGUCCACUGUGAAGGCAGAGUCAAAAAUGAGGAGAAAAUGCUAAAUGAAAGGGGGAGUAUCUGCUUUUUUUUUUUUUUUUUUUUUUUUUUUGUUUUAAUAAAAUUUUAGUGAAGGAUAACCCCUGUU